AUUACGGUGACGACGACUUGAAUCACACAACAUGGGUAAUACACCAUCUGGGUUGCCUCCUGGCUUCGGUCAAGACCAGAACAAGGACAAGGACAAGGAUAAGAAAGACCAGCCACAGAAGAAGAAAUGGGAACCCCCACUGCCAACCCACGUAGGGAAGAAGAAGAAGCGGGGGCCGUCAGCCGCUUCAAAGUUGCCACCUAUCUACCCAAGCACGAGAUGUCGCCUUCGUCUGUUGAAGAUGGAACGCAUCAAGGAUUAUUUGCUUCUGGAGGAAGAAUUCAUCCAGAACCAGGAGCGACUGAAGCCGGAAUCAUCGAGGGAGGAGAAGAACCAGGAUGAAAGAUCCAAGGUGGACGACUUGCGUGGAACACCGAUGGCGGUGGGCACGCUAGAGGAGAUCAUCGACGACGACCAUGCAAUCAUUAGUACUGCGUCGGGGCCGGAAUCAUAUGUCGCGAUCUUGAGUUUCGUAGACAAGGACCGCAUAGAGCCUGGUUGCUCCGUAUUACUGCAUCACAAGAACCAGGCUGUGGUUGGUGUUUUGCAGGACGAUGCCGAUCCCCUUGUCAGCGUUAUGAAGCUGGACAAAGCUCCGACGGAGAGCUAUGCAGACAUCGGUGGUCUGGAACAGCAAAUACAAGAAAUUAAAGAAUCUGUUGAACUUCCACUCACGCAUCCAGAGCUUUACGAAGAAAUGGGUAUCAAACCGCCAAAAGGUGUCAUUCUCUAUGGCGUUCCGGGUACCGGAAAGACGCUUCUUGCCAAGGCGGUUGCAAACCAGACGUCUGCAACCUUCUUGCGUGUCGUGGGAUCUGAGCUUAUUCAGAAAUAUCUUGGAGAUGGUCCAAAACUCGUUCGAGAGCUCUUCCGGGUUGCAGAAGAACAUGCACCCAGUAUUGUUUUCAUCGAUGAAAUUGAUGCCAUCGGCACUAAACGGUACGACUCGACGUCAGGAGGCGAGCGUGAAAUUCAACGAACGAUGUUGGAGCUUUUGAACCAGCUUGACGGCUUUGACACACGCGGCGAUGUUAAGGUCAUCAUGGCUACGAACAAGAUCGAGUCGUUGGACCCUGCUCUCAUCCGACCCGGUCGCAUCGACCGAAAGAUUGAAUUCCCUCUACCUGAUGUGAAGACAAAACGACAUAUCUUCCGGUUACAUACAUCACGCAUGAGCUUGGCCGAGGACGUUGAUCUGGAGGAAUUCGUCAUGGCCAAAGACGAUUUGUCCGGUGCUGAUAUCAAAGCAGUUUGUACCGAGGCUGGGUUGCUUGCACUAAGAGAACGACGUAUGCGGGUAACGAAGGUCGACUUCACGGCAGCUAGAGAAAAGGUGCUAUACAGGAAGAACGAGGGUACUCCGGAGGGAUUGUACCUGUAGUACUUAUUGUAGCACCAUUCCACCUGUUUAUGAUCCACAACCAUUUUUCCUUUGAUAAUGGCACAACCGUUCA